CUUCUUUUUUUUUCAUAGCCAAUAUACAUACAUACCUACAUUUAUAUACUUAUCCAUCUACAUACUAAUAUUGGUGGUAUCAUUGAAUUAAUACCGUUAUUCUACAGCAAUAAAUGGCAUUAGAUUGCAUAUCCACCCCUUGGGAAGGGUUGGAUUUUGUACCUUGUUUCCGUGAGACAGUAAUAAAUGGUGCCCUUCCAGUCAUUGCUCUCAUUUAUGUCACUGUGACAAUCGUCAUUACAAUCACACAAUACCAACGUACCAGCCGGUAUUCGCCUCUCAACACCAAGACCAAUGCUCUUCCAUUCUAUGGUGCCACAAACCCAACCCCCGCCCUGACCAACAACAGUGGCUCAAUCAGCGUAAAGACCGCGUGUUCGACUCUGAAUACUGGAUCAUUACGUUGGUCAGUCUAUGACCUAUCCCGCUGCGGAGUCUCACUCUUUCAAUUGGUUUCAUUCGUCUAUCUACUCAAUCAAUCGUUUCAGGGCCACUAUGAAACCGACAAAAAGGUCGAAGGCCAAGAACCAGAUGUGAUCAUGACAUAUGGUAUUCAUGCCAUUUAUUAUGGAAUCCUAUUCAGCAUCUCUUUGGCUGUAUUGGUAUUGUCUGGAUCAUCAAAGUCGUUAGCAGACUCUCUCUGUAACCAGGCUCAUAAUUUAUUCGGAUUUGACACUUUGGUGGGUCUGAUCAACUUAAGAUCCUAUUACUUGGUUCAUGACGUAGAGUUGGAAAGCACUGGAUAUACGUUUGCCCUUAUUUCCUUCUCUUUAAAUCUCGGCCUAUUCUGUCUCUUAAUCCAUGAAGAACGACAGGCACCCGACGAAAUAGUAUAUGCUGAUAAUGGGCGUGUAUUGUCCGGUGAAGAGUGGGCAUCAACUUACUCAAAAUACAUGUUCUCAUGGGUAAACACUAUGAUGAAACAAGGCUAUCAAGCCACUCUGAACGAACAAGACCUGAUGGAAAUGGUCGACGAUAACCGGGCCAAGAACAUCCUGCGACAGUUCAGACAACACCACAGACUUUCAAUGGCAUGGGCGCUCCUCAAAACUUUCAAAGCUCCCCUUGCUCAUCAAUGGGUUUUCUGCAUGGUCUGGUCGAUCAUGAUGUUCGGCCCACCCUAUUUUCUCAAUAAGAUCAUCCGGUACAUCGAACACACCGGCGAUGGUUCUUCUGAUCAGUCGGUUACUAGCGCAUUUCUGUCAGUCUUUGGCUUAUUCCUGUCUUCGGUUGUCAUGUCAUUAGCCUACCAAAGAGCACUCUAUAUCGGAAGAUGUCUUGGAACUCGCAUCCAGUCUAUCGUCAUUGGCGAAGUUUAUGAAAAGACUCUGAGACGGCGUGACGAGACCGGAAAAUCAUCCGAAGAUGGACCAAAAAAGAUCCAGGGAAAUGUUGAUAAUCUCUUGUCGGUCGAUUCCAGAAAAAUGGGAGAACUUACAGCCUAUGUAUUUUACAUCUACUGCUUCCCGCUCCAGAUCUCGGUCUGCAUCUGGAGUCUCUAUCGUCUGUUGGGCACAGCAUCGCUCUACGGCAUGCUGGUCAUGUUGAUCUUGCAGCCAGUCACCUAUAUCCUCAGCAGCAGAUUCCAGAGCCUUCACCAUGUCGUAAUGGCCUGUACCGACAAACGCAUCAAGCUCACAAAGGAGCUCCUGUCGGCUAUCCGCAUCGUCAAGUUCUUUGCCUGGGAAGACCAGUUUAGAAAUCGUAUCUCGGAAGCUCGUCUGGUCGAGCUCAAGGCCAUCCGAUCUCGGUUGUACAUGUACAUGUGGAUGGGUAAUGCCUGGUUUAUGAUUCCUAUCCUGAUCAUGGUCACUGUGUUUUACAUCUACACCAAGACCUUUGUCCUCACUGCAUCGACUGCCUUUACUGCCCUGGCCCUGUUCAACACCUUCAAGACCACCCUUGACGAAUUGCCCGUGAUCACAUCCUUCAUCCUGCAAGCCAAUGUGUCUCUGACGCGUAUCGAAGACUACCUAAAGGAAGAAGAAGUCGUCUUGCCCGCCAAUGGUAUUGCUACGGACAGAAUCGGAUUCAUCAACAAGGCAUCCUUUAGCUGGGACAAGUCGACCGUCGCCGAAAACUCCAUACCGACCUUGCGUAACCUCGAUCUGUGUUUUCCCUCUCAGAAACUCUCGCUCGUUUGUGGCCCAACUGGAUCUGGAAAGACUACCUUAUUGGCAAGUCUUCUUGGCGAAACCUACUGCCACCAGGGCGCGGCUGUUUUACCCCGCUUGCGAGCAUCAGCGUCAAACACACUCGGUGGCGCGGUGUCUGGCAUUGCAUACGUUGCCCAGACUGCCUGGCUCCAGAACUGCAGCAUCAAAAACAACAUCCUGUUUGGACUUCCGUACGAUGAGCAGCGCUACCAAGAUGUUCUGUACAUGACAGCCCUGACCCGUGAUCUCGAGAUCCUGGAGUGCGGUGAUUCAACCGAAGUUGGUGAAAAGGGAAUCACACUCAGCGGUGGCCAAAAGCAACGGGUGGCCAUUGCUCGUGCGGUGUAUUCUCAGGCAAGCACUGUGCUUCUGGACGAUUGUUUAAGCGCCGUUGAUGCCCACACCGCCAAACAUCUUUAUGAGUAUUGCUUGAACGGCCCGUUGAUGAAGAGCAGAACCGUUAUUUUGGUUACGCAUCAUGUCAGUCUGUGUAUCAAGGCUGCGGCCUACGUUGUCGCUCUCCUUGAUGGUGAGGUUGCAGCCCAGGGUGAUCCAGCAACUGUAAUCCAGAGUGGGGCCUUGGGAGAUGAAUUGGUCCACACAGAUAGCGAUGACGACAGUGAAGAAGAUGAGCAGACAUCUCUGCCGCUGGUUCCCAGAGUAGCAGCGACUGCUCAAUUGGAUGGAGCUGGCCGAUUGACUCUAGAAGAAAAGAAGGCCGAGGGUGGUGUGGACAAACAGGUCUACGUGACCUACUUUUUUGCUUCGGGUGGAAUCGUGUUCUGGCUGUCGGUAUUGGUCCUCUUCUGUUGCGCUCAAGCCACUGUGGUUGGCCAGGACUACUGGAUCAAGAUCUGGUCAGCGGCCUACAGCACAAGAAAGGAUAUUCUGUCUACAUUUUCAUUGUUCUCGCUCGCCCAGCUAGACUCAUUGCACUUUAUGAACUCUUCUGGUAUUAGUAACGAUGAGCCCCUUGAUCAGCCUGUAGAUGUGACAUACUACCUCGGUAUCUACUUUGCCAUUGGUAUUCUUGCUUUGAUUGUCACUACAUUGCGACAGGUGCUUUUGUUUGAAGGCUCGCUCACGGCGUCAAAGCGGAUCCACGCUCAGCUUCUUGAGAGCAUUCUUCGUGCCAAGGUUCGCUUCUUUGACACUACGCCUUUGGGCCGGAUUGUCAACAGAUUUUCAUCCGACCUCGAGACAAUUGACCAGUCGGUGGCUCCGUCGCUUUCUUUGUUACUCUACUCAAUCAUCGCGACGAUCUAUGUGGUAUUCCUUGUGUCGAUCAUUACGCCUUCCUUUUUGAUUCCCGCCAUCUUUAUCGGAUUGCUGUAUUGGGCGAUUGGUGUCUAUUACCUCAACACUUCAAGAGAUCUCAAGCGCCUCAACUCUGUGUCUCGCAGUCCUAUAUAUGUCCAGCUCAACGAGACUGUGAAUGGAGUGGCUACGAUCCGUGCGUUUGGUGCCCAGGAGAGAUUUGUGAUUGACAAUCUCGAGAAGAUCGAUGCUAACAACCGCCCUUUUCUGUGGAUGUGGGCCACCAACCGCUGGCUCCAUUGUCGAGUUGAUUUCUUGGGUGCUGUGGUUUCGUUCUGUGCCGGUGCGGUGCUGAUUAUGGCCCGGUCGUGGGUUGACCCUGGUCUGGCCGGACUCUCAUUGAGUUAUGCGCUUACAUUCAACCACCAUGUUUUGUGGGUGGUGCGCAUGUACGCGAUCAACGAAAUGAACAUGAACGCAAUUGAACGUGCGCACGAGUAUCUCGAACUUGAGCCAGAAUCAGCCAACACUAUUGUUACUGUUUCGCCUCCCCACAGUUGGCCAGAGGCAGGUAAAAUUGAGGUCAAAGACCUUGUGAUCCAGUAUGGACCUGACACGCCUGCUGUUCUCCGUGGUGUGUCCUUCAAGACCCGGCCUCGGGAGAAGAUUGGAAUUGUGGGUCGAACUGGAUCCGGAAAGUCAACCCUGGCGUUGUCAUUGUUCAGAUUUAUGGAACCGACCGAAGGACAGAUCGUGAUUGACGGCGUGGAUAUCCAUUCAAUUGCACUCAAGGACCUCCGUUCGCGCCUCACGAUCAUCCCCCAGGACCCUGUUUUGUUUUCCGGGACUCUCAGAAGCAAUCUGGAUCCAUUUGGCGAGCAUGAUGAUGCCGACCUGUGGGCGUCUCUAAAGCGGGCCCACUUGAUUGGCAAGGAACGAGAGACCGAUACGCCGGUCACACUUGAUGCACCGGUAACUGAGAACGGCAGCAACUGGUCUCAAGGCCAACGACAACUGAUUGCCCUUGCGCGUGCCUUGGUCAAGCGUUCGAGCUUGAUUAUUCUUGAUGAAGCAACCUCGUCUGUCGACUUUGAUACGGACCAUAAGAUCCAAGAGACCAUUAGAACCGAGUUUGUGAAUGCGUCUUUGCUGUGCAUUGCGCAUCGUAUCCGGACCGUAGCUGAUUAUGACCGUAUCCUUGUAUUGGACCAAGGCAAGGUUGUCGAGUACGACACUCCUUAUGCAUUGAUGACCAAGCCCGAUGGUGUGUUCCAUCAGAUGUGUGAGCGCAGUGGGGAAUAUACCGAGUUACUGGCCAUUGCUCAACAAAAGCAUAUCUCUAUUACCACAACUACUAAUACUCCUUAACCACUUUAACUCACUCACUCACAUAUACACAUAGACAAAAAAAAAGACUCUUUAUUGUUUUAAUUACAUUACAUUACAUUUUUAUUAUAGUAUAUUAUAUUGUAUUUCAUAUAUACUUGUUUAUAUAUUUACAGUUUAGUUAUCACAAUGGUAUAGGCUGACUAUUGUAAAAAAAAAAUCUUUUUGUUCUUUCUUUUUAUACUACUUCCAAGUAAGUUUUCUUCAAAUACAAGCAGAUGAAGAUGUAUCAGC